AUGCGAUCAUUCUCAUUGUUUUCAUGCUGCGCAAAAGAAAACUCAAUUGAAAAAGGUCACAUAGCUGUUGCUACGGAUGAAAAUGCUAGCUCUAAAAUGACUUAUUUUAAUCUUGAAAAUAUCUAUGGACCAUAUUGUAAUCCAGGGAAUACAUAUACACCAGAUGCAGGUCUUGUCCGAUAUGCUGGAACUCCAUGGACCGGUAAAUGUGAAUUAAAUUUACAAAGUUGUUGCUUUCCAAAUCCACGUAAUUUAUCUCAAAUGAGUAAUAUAUUAGUUUCAACAAAAUUUUAUAUUCGCUUACUUAAACCACCAUUAUGUUUAUCAGAAAAUGUUACUAUUCAAUCUGAAUCCGGUGAAAAGAUUAUAAUUGAUUGUAAUGUAACAGAAGGUAGUGAAUAUUAUUUAGAUACUGAAAAAUUAACAAUAACUUUUGAUCGAAGAGAAAAAUUUCCUAUAUCAAAAUUUGCAAUGAUAGUUACACCAUUAAAAAUAAAAACACGAAUGUUUACAUUAUGCGGUUUUGAUUGUUUUACGGAUACGUAUUGUAUUGAUCGAAGUCUUAUUUGUGAUCGAUAUCAAAAUUGUCCGAAUAAUGUUGAUGAAGCUCAAUGUGAUUACCAUCAUACUCAACCGUCAUUAUCACUUCAAGCCAAAAUAAUUCUCUUAGUUGUUCUAUUAACGAUCAUAUCAUUUGAUAUUUUUUCUAUAUUGUUUUGCUAUUUUUGUUGUGGAAUUUCAAAUCAACAUGAUCUUGAUAUCAAAGAAGGAAAGCGAAGUCCUACAAUAUUAGAAGAAGGUGCUGCUGCAACUCCAUUAUUGCAAUCAACAAUCUCUAACAACACUAAUAAAUCUCAUUGA